AGUCAAUUGUUUCAUUUGAUUUAUUCUUGUUUUCAAUAAAUAUUCUAAUUUAGGUGAGUCAGAGUGCAAAAUAGCUGAGUAGACUGAGACUUUUGCCAGGUGGUAAACUAAUAACCUGUAGAGAUUUGUGAUUUACUGCUAAGCCAUAAUCAAAGGAACCUAAUGGCUAGUUUCAACUGUUCCUUUCCAGUAUUCAUCCAGAAUUGUAUUAGACAAAGACAGAGACUAAUAAAAAUACUUUAUCCAAGUUCCCAUGAUAAUUGCAGCCAUUCUUGAUUGUCCAUCCAAUAUGCAGCAAAACGUUAGAAUUUCAGAAUCAGUGCUAAGAUAUUUCCAGGGUAAAAUAAUAAAUGGCUGCACUAUUAUUCAUAAAACUUCUACUUUUAAUUAGCCAAUUUUAUUAUUAAACAGCAUUGGAUUAUAAUAAAACUUCAUUGUUUAAAAUGUUGCAUGCAUUUAUAUCUUUGUACAUGUUUCCUACUACUACAAAUUCAGUGUUCAGAAGUUUUUCUGACGGGCAAUAUAGGUUUCUUUUUAGGUGGUCAAGUUUGUUAUUCUUUCCUAAGAUUAAGAAGGCUGUUGGUUUCACCAUAUAGUCCUGCACAGUUUUAUAUUAAAUGCUUCUCUCUUCUAGAUUACAGUAUUUUGCUAGAGGACUUCAGGUUUAUAUCCGACAACUUCGUUUGGCGCUCCAAGGCAAAACAGGAGAAGCACUGAAGACAGAAGAGAAUAAAAUUAAAGUGGUUGCACUAAAAAUAACAAACAACAUCAACGUUUUAAUUAAGGAUCUUUUCCACAUUCCUCCUUCAUAUAAGAGUACAGUUACACUCUCCUGGAAACCUGUACAGAAGUCUGAAGUUGGGCAAAAACGAGCCAGUGAAGAUACAUCUUCAGACUUACCAGCAAAAAAGUCCCAAGCUGGCCCCAAAAGAGAUGCUAGGCAGAUUUACAAUCCACCCAGUGGGAAAUAUAGUAGUAACCUGGGUAAUUUUUCAUAUGAGCAGAGAGGUGGUUUCCGUAGUGGACGAGGAAGAGGAUGGGGUGGACGUGGUAAUCGCAGUCGUGGAAGAAUCUACUGAAAGCAUUUCCAAAGCCAUUAUUGUAUGGCUAAAGCAUCUUUAAAGUUUGAAGGAUUGUCUGUAGGGGGCUACGUUGUCUAAAAGACUUGCCUUCUGCAAAAGACUGGUUUAAAUGUUCUUACACCUUUGUAUGUAUGAUCUACUUUUCUAAUGGACAAUAGAUUCAGUGAAACAACAACUGUAUUUUUGGAUGUUUAACAGCUGGUAUUUUGAGUUUGUGUUUGUUUUUAAAGCGUCUUCAAGAUUUAUUCAGGAAAAAGCAUGGGUGUUCAAGCUGAAGCUGCUUCCGUACAGAUGUUACAUUCAUCUAGAAAUGUGGCUUAUAAUACAAAGUGGACUGUAUAAUAAUAAAAUACUAGAUAAUGGAUGGAAAUAUUCUAAUUGAAAUGAGUAGGAACUUCUCUUCAAACUGAAUCAUAUUUCCACAUAGGAAAGAAUUAUAUUGCAAAAGAACUAUAAACCGCCAAAGGCAUGGUUCAUUGACUGAAUUCUUCGAUUUUUAAAGCGUUCAACAAGAUAACAUGUUAUCUUAAACCAAUCCAAUCAUUUCUGGAGAAAUGUGUUAAUUUUAACAUUAUCUUGCUCUUCUCCAUAUAUGGUUAUACAGUGUAUGUGUUGCAAAUUGAUUUUUAAAAGUUCUGUACAAAUGUGGCUAGGCGCACACAAAAAAUCCAGUGAAAAAUAAAAUUCAAUCCAGAGAAGUUGAAUCCUGUAGCAAAUAUUAGGGUGGCUAAUUAGUAACCUGAUCCCUGUUAAAUUAAGAUGCUUUUUUGGCCUUGAGCAGCUGUUUCUUUUCAAGACAGUUAAAUGAGUGUUUUAAAAUAAGUAAAAUUGCAACAGCUUAAUUGUACUUUGUUUUUUUUUUAAAAAAAACAACAACACACAAAUAUCUUGGUAAUUCUUCCAAAAUAAAAAGCUCCUUAUAGUAGACAUUUUCAAACCUUUAUUUAAAACAUUGUACUGUAUCAGAUGCAAUUGCUUCAGUGUUUGACAUUUAACUUUGAGAAUUUUUCCCAGUUUUCUUUUUGGACUGAACAUUGUAAGGUGCAGAUGACAGUAUAAAUGUCAGAAAGGAGUAAAAACAUUGAAAUCAAUCCAGCUAGAGUUGGAUUUAAAGAACUGCAAAUUUCUUUUUAUCUUAGACCCAAGCCUUUUUUACCAUUUUGGAAGGCAUAACAGAGUCAAAUUAUUUGUACAUAGACAUUUCUGACAACUUGUAAUGUGUAUUAGCUAAAAUUAGUUUAUAAAAUGGACAGAGAUGCAUUUCUUGGUAACUACAGAUUUCUCUCAUUCUUUUCAGAUAGAGAUGUUGAGCAAAAUGAUUCAAGUUAAGGGUCUGCUCUACAUUUGUUGUACUCAUGUUAUAAAGAAAGUGAUUUUAAAGUUUCCAAGUUGCAUUGAAAAAAAGGAUUCUAAUUUGGAGGGGUAAUUUGUGUCUCCCAUUAAGCUAUUAUACUAAAAAUUGACCAAUUCAAACCACAAAUAGUGGAUUAGAUUUUGAAGCAUUUUCUAUUAAUUCAUUCUAUUUGUUAUUUGGACUGUCAGUUUUUAGAAACCCAGCUUUUAUGGAAGUUUAACUACUUUUACUACAUAGAGUUUUGGGAGGGGGCUCUGUUGAGUAAUAGGUUGACAAUAUAGUUCUCGGAAAUAAUGUGCAAAUUGUCAAUUAGAAAUAGCUCUCAUUUUGUGUUAUAAAUGCAGUGAAUUAUUUUGGAGACACCCUUUAACCACUUUUUAUUUGUAAAAUUUCCUUUAUUAUUUUGCAAUAAAUCCAUUUUGUAAUUUUG